UAUCAAAGAAACACACACAACCCCAAAAAACUGCAAUUCUCACACCGUUUCUCACCAUGGGAAGUGCUUGUUUUUCCCGGGACGUUUGUUUGUUUAUCCUCCUCAUAAAUACUUGUGGGGUGAUGGGGAAUGUCGGACUCGCAGACGCAGACGAGUGUUCGGAGGCCACGGACGACUGUCACAUCGACGCUCUCUGCCAGAACACGCCCAAGUCCUUCAAGUGCAUCUGCAAGCCGGGCUACAAGGGAGACGGCAAGCAGUGCGAGGAUAUGGACGAGUGUGAGAACGACUACAACGGCGGCUGCGUCCACGAGUGCAUCAACAUACCAGGCAACUACAGAUGCACCUGCUACGACGGCUUCAUGCUGGCUCACGACGGACACAACUGUCUGGAUGUGGACGAGUGUCUGGACAACAAUGGCGGGUGCCAGCAGGUGUGUGUCAACACCAUGGGCAGCUACGAGUGCCAGUGCAAGGAGGGCUUCUUCCUCAGCGACAACCAGCACACCUGCAUCCACCGCUCGGAUGACGGGAUGAACUGCAUGAACAAGGACCACGGCUGUGCCCACAUCUGCAGGGAGGCUCCAGGCAAGGGGGGGGUGUCGUGCGAGUGCCGUCCCGGGUUCGAGCUCGCCAACAACCAGAAAGACUGUACAUUGACCUGUAACUAUGGAAACGGCGGCUGCCAGCACACGUGUGAUGACACGGACUCGGGGCCGGUGUGUGGCUGCCACCAGAAGUACGCCCUGCACUCAGACAGCAAGACCUGCAUCGAGAAAGAUGAGGCUGCAAUUGAGAGCUCUGAGUUCAAUGCCACGUCAGUAGCUGAUGUGGACAAGCGGGUGAAACGGCGGCUACUUAUGGAAACCUGCGCCGUGAACAAUGGCGGCUGCGACCGGACAUGCAAAGACACGGCCACAGGGGUGCGCUGCAGCUGCCCCGUGGGAUUCACCCUGCAGCCCGACGGCAAAACCUGCAAAGACAUCGACGAGUGCCAGGAGAACAACGGCGGCUGCGACCAUUUCUGCCGCAACACGGUCGGCUCCUUCGAGUGCAGCUGCCAGAAAGGCCACAAGCUGCUCACCGACGAGCGCACCUGCCAAGACAUCGACGAGUGCUCGUUCGAGAGGACCUGCGACCACACCUGCAUCAACUACCCCGGCAGCUUCGAGUGCCUGUGCCACAAGGGAUACACUCUGUACGGCCUCACACACUGCGGAGACAUCGACGAGUGCAGCAUCAACAACGGGAGCUGUGAGUACGGCUGCGUAAACACCCAGGGCAGCUACGAGUGUGUGUGUCCGCCCGGCCAGAAGCUCCACUGGAACAAGAAGGACUGCAUCGAGGCGGUGAAGUGUCUGCCCAAUGGAAAGCCAGCGCCGCACGCCCAGCUGACCUGCACCAAGAGCGGAGGGGCAGAGGUCUGCUCGCUCUCCUGCCCCUCCAACGCCCUUUUCCUCGCAGACUCCGAAAACAGCUACACACUCAGCUGCGGGGUGCCGGUCCAGCCUGGUAAAGCUCCCCAAAAGAGAAAUGCCACCACCGCCUUACCCACCUGUGCAGACACGCUGGCUCCUCCCAUCAAGCAGAAGGCCAGGUUCAAGAUCAAAGACGCCAAGUGUCACCUGCGGCCCCGCAACAAGGAGAAGCACAGGGACUCGUCCAAGCAGAGCCUGCAAGGAGGCCAGUUCCCCUGCACCGACAACUGCCAGGUGACUUUUGUCAAUCUGAAGUGUGACUCGUCCAAGAAACGCCGGCGAGGACGCAAAUCUCCCUCCAAAGAGGUCUCGCACAUCACAGCUGAGUUUGAGAUGGAGAUGAAGGAGGAGGAAGCCUCGGACUCCUGUAACGUGGAGUGUGUUCGGGAGAGGAUGAAGCAGCGGCUGCAGAACGCCAUGCGGACGCUCAGGAAGUCCAUCAACAAGCAGCAGUUUUACAUCCAGUUCUCUGGGACGGAGUACGAGGUGGCCCAGAAACCGGCCCGCGUGCCGGAGGGCGUGGAGGCCUGCAGCACCGGACAAGUCCUGCGAGACGGAAAGUGCGCGAGUUGUGGCGUCGGGACGUUCUACAGCGGGGAGCAGGAGCAGUGUGUGCAGUGUCCUCCGGGGACGUACCAGGACACAGUGGGCCAGCUGUCCUGUGAGCCCUGCCCCAGCACCGAGGGACAGGGCAUCGCCGGAGCCAAGAACGUGUCCCAGUGUGGAGGUCAGUGUCCAGCGGGUCACUUCUCCGCUGACGGGUUUCGGCCGUGCCAGCCGUGCCCGCUGGGCUCCUUCCAGCCGGAGCCGGGCCGCGUCCUGUGCUUCCCCUGCGGAGGAGGCCUCAUGACCAAGUACGAAGGCUCCGUCUCCUUCAGGGACUGCGAGGCCAAAGUCCACUGCGCCCCGGGACACCACUACAACUCCAGCACCCACCGCUGCAUCCGCUGUCCCGCCGGCACCUACCAGUCUGAGUUCGGGCAGAACUACUGCAUCACCUGCCCCGGAAACACCACCACCGACUUCGACGGAGCCACCAAUGUCUCCCACUGCAAAAACCAGCUGUGCGGAGGCGAGCUGGGCGACUACACGGGCUACAUCGAGUCCCCCAACUACCCCGGAGAUUACCCGUCCAACGUGGACUGCAUCUGGACCAUCAGCCCGCCGCACAAGAGACGCAUCCUCAUCGUGGUGCCCGAGAUCUUCCUCCCCAUCGAGGAUGAGUGUGGGGACGUGCUGGUCAUGAGGAAGAGCGCCCUGCCCACUUCCAUCACCACCUACGAGACAUGUCAGACCUACGAGCGGCCGAUCGCCUUCACCUCUCGCUCCCGCAAGCUCUGGAUCCAGUUCAAGUCCAACGAGGGAAACAGCGGCAAGGGCUUCCAAGUCCCCUACGUCACCUACGAUGAGGACUACCAGCAGCUGAUAGAGGACAUCGUACGGGACGGCAGGCUCUACGCCUCCGAGAACCACCAGGAGAUACUGAAGGACAAGAAGCUGAUCAAGGCCCUGUUCGACGUGCUCGCCCACCCCCAGAACUACUUCAGGUACACGGCGCAGGAGUCCAAAGAGAUGUUCCCUCGCUCCUUCAUCAAACUGCUGCGCUCCAAAGUCACCAGGUUCCUACGGCCGUACAAAUAGACGGGAGCGCCCUGCCAUCCCGUUCAAGACCCCGCCCCCGCCCCAGAUUCAAUGUCCUAAAUGUAUGACCCAGCCCCCGCUUCCCCCUCGCCGAGGUCAUCACAUCAGUUCUAUACCUAAACGUUUUCAUUUCCCAAGUUUGCCCCCAAAUCCAGUUUGCCACAUGAUGCCUUCCCCCAUCUUUGAAACCUUAAACUAUCGAUUAAUACCCUUCCUUUGAGUUUGUUCUGCCUCCCACAAAGGGUUGGACCGAUAUGGGUUUUUGAAAGCCGAUACCAAUGCCAUAAUUGAAGCUACCUUGUGUGUUGAAUGUGGGAAUUUGGCCAUUUUUAUACCUAAACAAUAUGAGUUUCCCCAAAUCUUUUUAGCCUUCAACAGCAUUUGGACUAUCAUGGGACACCACAGCUCUCCACUGAGGCCAGAAUAAAGAAUUUUUCUAAGUUUAGCAGCUCAAAUCGUUGGGAAACUCUAAGUUUUAAAUGAAGAAUUGGUUGGAAAAAAACGUCAUGAACAAGCAAGCAAAAAUUUUGAAACUUCACUGCAAGUUUUACAGAUUUGCGUAGAUGAGGUCCAUCACAUCAGCGAUGGACAACACUGACCGGCCAAUAUCCGAUAUUUUACAAAAGAAAAAUAUCGGCAAACCAACAUAUCGGUCUAAUCCUAUUUUUAUCCACCGUUUAUCCCUUUCCCCUGCUUUCUCCCAGCCUUUCCUCAAUCCCUUCCAACAGGAAAAGGAAACUCUCUCCUGCUGCCUUUUUCUGCCAUCCUCUGAAUUUUCCACCUCUUUCUUUUUUUUUAUUUUGGUUUGCUUUGUUUUCUAUGUUGUUGUUUUGUUUUUGUAAUAUUUAUACGUGUUAGAACUUGCAGAAGCCCGCCUCAUGGAUGUUUUUUUUUUUUUUUUUUUGGUCAGCGUACGUACCGACAUGCAAGACAUCACGCAGAGACGCAUGCCGGUACGUACAGUAUGUUUGCAUGUAUGUUUGUGUGGACAGACACAUCUGCGCAUUCGCAAUGUGCUAAAAUGUAUUCGCCCACACACACAUGGCUGUAUCUCGAUUUUGAUUUCUUCAACGGCCCCCGGUGUGCACGAGACGGAAAUGAGAAAAAACAAUUGGUGCACUUAAAACAUAUUUUAGCGUGGAGAAAAAAAAAGAUUUAAAAGAAAUGUAUGAAAUGAAAUGGGGAAACCCAGACCAUUCCACCUCAGUGGGUGCUUUAUCCAUUGGAGCGCAGGGAAAGAUUGAAAAUGGGUGAAUCAAAAAAAAAGUCUAUAUUGUAGAUUUUUUUAAAUAAAAAAAAGAUAUAUAACAAGAUGAAAUAAACUACCUGCAAGUAACAAGAUUGUUACUUUAGAGAGAAAUGUAUGUGAUGUAACUAAUAUUUGGAACUUUAAUUGCACUUGAAUUUUAUAUUGUAAAUUGUAGGAAAAAAAAGAUCUAAGUUACAUAUUUGUUUCCUUUUUUUUUUGUUGUUUAGAAAUGUACCACAUUGGGCGCAAAGGAGGGAGAAACACAACUCGGGUGUCUCAUGUUCUUGUUCCCACUCCGUCGCUCGCAGUUGCCCUGAAAUCUCUCGGAUAGCUUCAACCCUCACACACACACACACACUCACAAUGAGGGAGUGUUUCGGUCGGAGGUUCAGCAUCUCAAAUAAAGGAGCGGCGCCCCAAAAUCUUGAGAAAAAUUGAACAAAACACGGCCUCAGUUUACCUUUUUUUUCGGCAAAACAAGCCUUCUUCAGAGCGAUACUCGUCCCUGCUGUGCGAGGAAGCACUUAAAACUGAUAAGCAUAAACUGGAAUUACAUACUUACAUACAGUUGAUUAUGUAAUUCAGUUCUACUCUGUGUCUCCAGCUGCACCAUGUGUCCAGGAAAACCCCCACCCAAUACAUCAGGGCUUCUUAGUCCUUUCCCUAUGGUUAAACAUGGAACAUUAUGUCCACUUGUGAUGCCAACACCUAUAUCUGAUAUCUCAUAUCUCAUAUCUGAUAUCUUCCCACCAAUAACAGCUGAUACCAGUCCCAGCGUGAUAAGUAAUAAGAAUUAGCAUACAGAUACAGGUGCAAAACACAUUCAACCUUUCAGAGAGGCCUGACUUGAGAUAAUUACGUGUAAAAUACCAUGUUAUUUUUGUUCUGUUGCUCUAAUAAAUUCCAGUUUAUGCUUGUCAGUGUUAAGUGCAUCCCCUGCACACCUGAGGGUGAUUAUGCAUACUAUAAAAGGGAGGAAGGGACUAGUAAAGCUACAGUACAGUGUUGAAGUCUUGUUUUGUUCUGUUUUUUGUUGUUUUUUGGUUUUUUUUCCAAAAUAUAAUAGUCCGUUUCAAAAUGCAGCACAAUCCAUGAGAUCAACAAAACGCACCAAGCUGCGUCUUUCUGCAAUGCUUCGUUUUGGAGAUAUUGGCCAAAAUGUGACUUUUAACCUUUGGGUGACCAUGGUCUUUACUUUUGACCUAGAUCCUUCAAAAGUUAAUCUAGCUUAUCCCUCACUCAUUAGCAGUCUCUCUGUGAAGUUUCGUCUAAAUCUUUACAUUUGCUUUUGAGUCAUCGCAAAAAGACAGAGAGACAAACAGGUGAAAAUGGGACACCUUUAAUGGCAAAGGGGAAAAAAAGGUCAACUUAGGCCACGUUUGGUUGAUUGCUGCCACUUUCUUUGAGCUGCCUGUGUUUUACUACAGCAGAGCGCCCGACCAAUCUGGUGAACAGAGAAAGCGCACCUGCCUCGAGCCCCUCGCAUUUACGAUCAUUAGCGUUUGUACCAGUCACCCCAGUAAAUCUAAUGCGCACAGACAAACGAUAGCGUGUAACGUAGCAUGCGCAUCACUAAAACCCGCCACCACCACUGCAGCCGUCGGUGUUUCCCACUGCCCAGCCCUGCCUCGAACCCUCGAACGUUUUCCUGUAGCUGCCAGAGAGAAGAGGCAACUCCAUAAAGGCUUCUUGUAUGAUGGCACAAGGUGCACACUAUCAUAUACCUGCUUCUAGAAAAAAUAAAAUACGCAAAAACAAAAAAAAACAAAGGCCUGCAUCCACCUAGACCCAAUCUCUUUCCAUUAAAGAGGAAGUAUGGUGUGUAUACUAUGCUUUUCUGUUAUAACUCAGCUAAAUGUCUCUCUAUAGGUCAUUCACGUCGAUACUAAUACGAAAUCCUAUACCGCGUAUUUGAAGAUGGACGCUAUUAUCUGCACAACGCGACUGGAGUUAAUAUGUAUGUAUUGUGUGACUAUAGAGUGUUGGUUUGGAGGUGAAUGUAGCGGCAGGGGACACGGUCCAGAUGAGAGGCUUCCCGACACGAAGCUCAUCUCACAUCUGAGUGUCUGCAUGUCCAGAGCACUUGCAGCUUCAACUGUAAGCCAGUAAACUUUAUCUGUGUGUUUAUGUUGUUAGAAGAAAGCAAACUUCCCCUUGACAGAUUAUAAAAAAAAAAGAAGAAGAAGAAUAAAAAAAAAAUCGGAUUUAACUACGAUAAUCCUAUGAUUGGUUUUAAAGGCUCAUUAGAAAACACAUCCACUCUUGUAAAAGUCUCAUUUAUGGAAAAAAGAAGAAAAAAAAAAAAAAAGCUCCUACUCUUUGUGCUGGGCACAAGGAGGAAUGUGAGUACGUGUCGUUCCUAAUUUAGAGGAUAUCAAAGCCCACGGAUUUAGAUUAAGACACAGAGAUUUUACUGCAUAGCGCUGCAAAAAAAAAAAAAAAUCCACCUGAGCAUGUCAUAUUCUGUGAUAAAAUAUUGUUUUUCUUAACACGAGUGAAAAAAAUCUGCAAGUGUGUUGAGAAAAUCCGACACUAAUCUACUUGUUUCCAGAAUUGUCUUGAGUCAAGUGUGGUUUUCUUGUUCCUAGUGGGCUCAUCGGCCUUGUCCUGCCUCGUUUGGACGGAUUUGUACUUGUUGCCAGAAAUAAUCCUAAAUCAAAGUGAAACCGCAUCGAAAACAAGUGGGAUUAUCUCAUUCUACUGGUAGUUUUUUUUUCCAACAUAAACAAGAUUUUAAUGCAGAAUAUGAGGCUAAAUAACUUGUCAAGAUGUGACUUUUUUUUUUUUUUGCAGUGCAGCACUGACUCGAGUCUUACUGGUCGAACCGAAGGGCUUCAUUCAAAAUUAGAUAUCCACCGUUUGAUUAAAAAAGUGACAUCUACACGAGCAAUCAAUCAAAAACCAAGCAAAUUAUUAGACUUUUGAAAAAGUUAGAUGGCAACUUAAGUCCCCGGCUGAGAAAAUAUCACUCUCACAGACGUGGAUCUUCUCUAUUUUUUAGAAAUAAUGGAUAAUUAAACUUCUAGGAAAUGUGUUUUUUUUUUUUCUCCCUUCAAGAUGGAUGAUAUUUUGGAAAUGAACUCUUCUGAUGUCAGAGCUCUUUGUCACGGGAUUAUCAUCAGACAAAAUCUGUCCGUAAUAACUGCCCAAAAAUGAAAUAAAAUCAAAUAAAAUCAUACUGUUGUUGUUAGGUAGCCGUCGCACAGAUAGAGAUGUUGUUAUGGUUUGGCCCACUUCCUGCUUGAGGUGGCCGCAGUUCAAUACGAGUGUUAUGGGGG